GUUUAUCCGCGCAUGCGCGUCUCACGUCUGGCAGCUGCAGCAGUCAUUGUUGGAGGUUGAGCUGGGUUUACGUCGCUAAUGUAAAGUUAAAAUGCGUGUGUAGACUUCGGCUCUUUUGGCCCAUUUUACACCCAGUAGUUGUGGAAGAUCUAGAGGUUCUUGGACAGUCGAAAUGUUUUCAGCUAACAUGGACACAAAAAGAGUGGAGAUCCCCUCCAGCGUCCUGGAUGAUCUCUGCAGCCGGUUCAUCCUUCACAUCCCCAGUGAGGAGAGGGACAAUGCUAUCCGAGUGUGCUUCCAGAUUGAGCUGGCCCACUGGUUCUACCUGGACUUCUGCAUGCAGAACACUCCAGGAGCGCCGCACUGUGGAAUAAGAGACUUUGCCAAAGCAGUCUUCCAACAUUGUCCAUUUCUGCUGCCCCAUGGAGAGGAUGUGCAGAAAGUCCUCGAGCAGUGGAAGGAGUACAAGAUGGGCGUCCCUACUUACGGAGCUAUCAUUCUUGAUGAAUCACUAGAAAAUGUACUUCUUGUUCAGGGCUACCUUGCAAAAUCGGGCUGGGGCUUUCCAAAGGGGAAAGUGAACGAGGAUGAAGCUCCUUAUGACUGCGCAGUUCGUGAAGUGCUGGAAGAGACGGGCUUUGAUAUCAAGAAUCGCAUCUGCAAAGACAUGUUCAUCGAGCAGAAGAUCACCGACCAGCUGGUGCGGCUCUAUAUCAUCCCAGGAGUGUCCAAAGAUACAAAGUUCAACCCUAAAACAAGGAAGGAGAUCCGGAAUAUUGAAUGGUUUCCUAUUGAGAAACUGCCCUGUCACAGGAACGACAUGACCCCAAAAUCUAAACUUGGACUCGCCCCGAAUAAAUUCUUCAUGGCCAUCCCAUUCAUAAGACCUCUACGAGACUGGAUUAGCAGUCUGAAAGGCGAACCACCGGACAGCGACGAGGACUUGGCAAACAACAGGAACACUCCGUCCAAACCUGCAGACAACAUUCGGUCUAAAUCCCGCCACGUCACAGGUGCUGAUGUGUUUCCUGCAGAGAGCUGGACCAAACACAAGCAGCAGAAAACUCCAGGAUACCUGGGCCAGUACGACCCAAACCAGAGAGCCAGCCUGAAAGGCAGCGGGAAGAGAAGCCAGGACUCUCCCUGUGUGAAGAAAGGAAGCAGCGACAAGCAGCAGAAAGAUGAGAAAAGACAUCAGCCCAGAAGACUCCAUGAGAUCUUUGAGAGAGAUUUGGCCCCGAGCUGUUCCAGCUACCUCUUAUCAGCUGAAGACAAAGACUUUGACCUCCUUGUUUCCUCCGAGACCUUCCUGAACUUCAGAUUUGACAGAGACGCCAUCAUGAAAUGUUUCGAGUACUGAUCCUCAUCAAGUUUGAACCUGAACAGACUCUUCACCCUCAGCCCUGGAAGCCGUGUGAACACAUCUGAACUGUUGUGAAGAAGGUGGAAAGUAUUGCGCUUGUUGCCAAGCAACCAUCUUCAGUCUCCUAUAGACGACACAGAGCCAGCUGAGUCUGGUAGAGUUUUCUGAACCUGUUGGAUUUUAGCUCCACGUCUGGCGUCAGUAAACAGAAAAACGAGAGUGACAGCUUGUGGUUUGAUCGGCGUGAGAAGAUGGAUGCGGAUUUUUACUCCGCUCCCGAAAAUCUCCUUCCUCUUUACAGUCUCAUGUCUGACAGUUUAAAAAUGAAAAUCAAGUUGUUUCCCAUCAUAACAGAAAAACUUUUAACUGCUUUUUAGAUUUUAUCAGUAUUUCUGCUUUUUUACUGAAACCUUAGAAAACUUUUUAAAUCUCAUUGAUCAUGAAAACAAAAGGAGAAAGGGUUGAACUUUCAUGACGCUGCCAGACUCGUACGUUUGUUGUCCUGGUUCAACACAAAACAACAAACAACAUUCUCAGGAUUGAAAUUUUCUUCAUCAUGUUUGCCGCCGUUAUUCUCACAAGUGUCUCAACAUUCCCUCAGAACGGCAGUCUGGAAACACAGCAGCUGUUUUCAUGCUGUGAUGAGUUGUUUCAGACAUCCUGAAGCCAGUCGUUUUAAUUUAGUUUAAUUAAUCAAACAGGAAGUGUAACCACAGUCCCUCUCUCCUCCUGAUUCUGUGAUUGAUCAAACAGCUGCUGAAGUUUGCUUACUUUGGGUAUUGGUAAUGUUUUUACUUUGGACGUGAACAUUAAUAAAGCUGUUGACUUGUUAUUCUG